AUGAAGCUCAAAAGUGGAGUCAUUGUUCAAAAGAGCGAGAACAGACUUGAUGUCGAAUUCUCCGUUUCUGACGUACUUCUCGAGGAGGUUGUCAAUGGUUUGCAUGUCAAGUGGAAGAACAACGAAGUCCAUAUCUUUGUAGCGGAGGUAGAAGACAGCAUGAGCAGAUUGUUCAUCAGUACGUUGGACACGUGGGCGGAUGUUCAUCUUCUUGACAAUAUCUUGGAGCAUUUGGAUUCCGGAUUGAACACGACGGGAACGGAGUUCAUCGAACUGUUUUCCGUAGAGGGAAACAUAAAUGUCCUUUGGCAAGAAAGAGUUCUUCUCGAAAAUGGUAGCAAAGUCGAAUUGAACUCCGGAGAGCAUCUCAGAUUGGAAGAUUGGGAGUUGGGCGUAGGUGGAGAGAAUUUGUUCUUGUGGUUGGUAACGGGUGAAGAGAAGAAUUUUGGAGCAACGGACGGUCAAUGGUUGAGUGCAUGGGUUGGUGGAUCUAGCGAACUGACGGAUGACGUUGUAGGUGAAAGAAGCAACGUGUUGGUUGGAUUCCUUCUCCAUUUGAGAGACGAUGUGUGCAAGAACUGGCUCUUCUGGGAGAGUUUCCAUCAUUCUCCAGAGGGCAGCCAUACGGAGUUGUGGCAUGUUUUGACGGUUCUUGUAGACUGGAAGAAGAACUUUCUGGAUCUUGCGUGGCAUAACAUCUUUGAGAAGACGGAGGGCUUCAACGGCUUCAGUGCGGAUAGCAAAUGGUUGACGUGGGUCUUGGAUGAGUUGGACGAGCUCGUUGACGGACAUGUCGAUUCCCGCGUUUCCGAGAGUCUUGAGAGCAAGAACCUUCUCGUAAGUGGAUUCAGCACUGCGGAAGUGUUGCAUGAAGACGCGGACGUACUUCUCCUUGAGUUGACGGGUAGCUGGACGGGCCAAUGGAAGAUCUUGAGUCUUGGAAGCGAAUCCGCGGACAACGGAUCCGGCGGCAAGCCAAGCAGAUUGACGGAGUGGCUCGUAUCCCUCAGCGAGUGGGGACUGGGCGAGUUCGAUGAGAAGAUCAGCGAUGUGUUCACUUGA